UUACAUAGCUUUGGAGGAUGUCUACACAUGGAUCUCUGAUGUUCUCUUCCAGAGCACUGCUUCAGGGUCAGCCCUGCACUGGCAGACCUUGUGGGUCAUAUUUGGCUGGCUCAGAGUGCAGGUAGAACAAGAUGUAGAUAUCCCCUUCAGAUGCGUGGUUUUUAACAAUCGGGGAAUUGCUGGUGAGGAGCUGUUGACACCAAGGACCUACUGUGCCUCUAAUACAGAGGAUUUGGAGGCUGUUAUUCAUCAUGUACACAGCUUGCACCCGUCAGCUCCGUUCAUAGCAGCAGGUGUUUCGAUGGGAGGCAUGCUUCUUUUAAAUUACCUGGGCAAAACUGGCAGAGACACUCCUUUAAUGGCAGCUGGAAUUUUCUCUGCGGGUUGGAAUGUUUUUGAAUCUGUAGAAUCUCUGGAGAAGCCACUAAACUGGCUUCUUUUCAACUAUUACUUGACUACUUGUCUACAAUCCUCCAUCAGCAGGCAUCGACAAAUGUUGGAGAAAUUAUUUGAUAUGGAUCUCGUGAUGAAGGCUAGAACUGUUAGAGAAUUUGAUAAGCAGUUCACUUCAGUCAUGUUUGGCUACCGUACAAUUGACGAUUACUAUGAAGAUGCUAGCCCAUGUCGCAAGCUGAAGUCAGUAGGAAUUCCAGUGUUAUGUCUAAACUCUGUGGAUGAUGUUUUCUCACCAGGUCAUGCUAUACCAGUAGAAACUGCCAAACAAAACGCAAACGUUGCUUUGGUUCUGACUUCGUGCGGAGGCCAUAUCGGUUUUCUGGAGGGAAUAUGGCCAAGGAAGUGCACUUACAUGGACAGAGUCUUCAAGCAGUUUGUGCAAGCUGUGUUCGAGCAUGGAAAUAAAAUCUUUAGCAUGUAGAUUUGGACCACUAUUCUAGCUCAGUGGCACAUUCUGACAAGGGCAGUUAAGCUUAAUGCACAAAUUUUAACUUCUGUAAGCCAGCAAAUGGAUAAAGUCCAUUACUACAUGCAAAACUAUUUUUGCCUAAGAUUUUGUAGCAAGAGACUAAAUAUGUUGUCACUUUUAUAUUUAUUUUUAAUAUGCCUUACUAAGAAUGAUCUUAAAUGAAACAGCAUUCCACAUGCAUCAAAUCGCACUUAACCACAACCAUCAAGUAGACAGGUUAUAAUUCCUCUGGAUUUUAAUUUAAACCGGUACAUAUUUAGGAGACUUAAUUUAGGUGGCUUUUACUAUUGGAAUGGCAACACUCAAAAUAGCAUAUAUUAUCUUGUCACGCAUAGUACAAGAUGGCCUGUUUCUUAGGGCACUAAUGGCGAAAA